GCUGCGUCCGUGAGAGUCGACAUUUUGGAUAAGAAGGAAGGAAGGAAAAUUCUUCAAACGAACAACGCCACGAAAACUGCUCGUAAAAUCGGUAAAUGCUGUAGGAGUUUGUGAAAAACGUCUCCAUCUGUGUGCUCAUGCUGCUGGUGAUGUGUAAAUGUGGCGGUAGUGCUGUAGAUAUCGAGGAAUAAUCGACCGAACGCGCGGAGUCUUAUUGGGCGUAUGCCACCCAUUAGUGAAAAUUUGGACGCAAUUCUUUGACGAGCGUGUGUGCGGCACUUUCACGCCAGGACUGCGGAGAAGCGCAUCAGGACACCAGCCGGAGCUCGAGCAGAUUGUAGAGACGCUGACCAGCGGCCGAGAAGGGACAGGAAGAGCGAUUGGUGAACAUUGAACUGUGUUGCUGAAGAGAGAGAGCGUGUGUUGUGAGAAGCGGAGAAGAGGGAAAAAAGUUCUGCCAAAAUGACUGAAGUUGAACAGCCACAGACAAAUGGCGUUGGCAAUGAAGAGGAAGAGGACAGUAAUAAAACCCGUCCCGCAGAUAUAGAAGCGGAUAUGAAGGAGAUGGAGAGGCGAAAGAGAGUGGAGGCGAUAAUGAAUUCACGUCUGUUUCGCGAGGAGCUGGAGCGCAUUGUGGACGGGCAGUUGCGCGAGGGCCCCUCGGGCUUUCUGCAGCAGUUGUCGGAUAUGAUGGGUGUUCCGGCUGCACGUGUGGGCAGUGUCUUCAAGAGCACCAACUGCGUGCUGCCCAUCAAUGAUAUCCGUGGCAUCGAGUCGAUGGGUUACGCCAAAGGCGAGAAGAUACUGCGAUGCAAACUGGCUGCCACGUUCCGUCUCAUUGAUCUCCAUGGAUGGGCGCAGGGGUUGUCAGGAUUGGUGUCGGCGCGCCUGAAUGCCGAUCAGGAGCUCUUCCUCGUCAAUCCGCAUGGUAUGCUGUACCACGAGGUGACGGCGUCAUCGCUGAACAAGGUGAACAUGCAAGGUGUUCUCCUGGAGCAGGGCACCACCAAUUUUGGCAUCAAUAAUGCACAAUUCGUCUUGCAUUCCGUAAUUCAUGCCGCUCGUCCGGAUAUUCGUUGUGCCAUCUUCUUGUGCUGCAAUCCGGUUGUCUCCGUGUCGGCGCUCAAAACUGGUCUGUUGCCGCUGACGAAGAGCUCGGUGGUGCUGGGCGAGGUGUCGGUGCACACGUACACGGGCAGCCUGAGCGAGCCUGAGGAGAGGGAGAAGCUCAUCCGGAGUCUGGGACCAAUGUCGAAGGUGCUCCUGUUGACAAAUCACGGCGCGCUGUGCUGUGGCGAGACCAUCGAGGAGGCAUUCUAUGCUGCUUACCACAUUGUUCAGGCUUGCGAGGCGCAGCUGAAACUCCUCCCGUUGGGACUUGACAAUGUGGUGUUGAUUCCGGAAGAGAGUCGCAAGACGAUCUAUGAAGCCUCUCGGCGACCACCUGAGGGUGCUGAGGUGAAGCAACAGCAGAACAACAAGGAGAGCGACAAGGAGAAGCAGCCGCAGGUGAAGUGGCGCGUCGGUGGGGUUGAAUUUGAGGCGGCAAUGCGCAUGAUGGACAACGCGGGCUUCCGAACUGGUUACAUCUAUCGGAAUCCACUGGUCAAGUCUGACUUGCCGAAGCCCAAGAAUGACGUCGAAUUGCCACCGGCUGUUUCAUCGCUGGGUUAUUUGCUGGAGGAGGAAGAGCUCUAUCGACAAGGCGUGUGGAAGAAGUCGGAUUUGCGCAAAGGCGGUGACCGAUCCAGGUGGCUCAACUCGCCCAAUGUCUAUCAGAAGGUUGAGGUGUUGGAAACCGGCACUCCUGAUCCGAAGAAGAUAACAAAGUGGGUUUCGGAAGGUUCGCCAACUCAUUCCUCGUCGACACCGGUAAGAAUUGAAGGCGCGCUACAGUUUGUGCCGCCCGGAACGAAUCCGCGUGAGUUCAAGAAGCUUCAGCAGCAGAUUAAGGAUAAUCGGCGCGCUGACAAGAUUUCUGCUGGCCCACAAUCGCAUAUUUUGGAGGGCGUCUCGUGGGACGAGGCGAAUCGCAUUAAGGAUGCAACUGUGUCCGGCACGAGUGAUCAUGUGGUGCUGAUGGGCGCCGCAUCCAAGGGCAUUAUCCAGCGCGGGUAUCAACACAAUGCGACGGUGUACAAGGCGCCGUACGCCAAAAAUCCAUUCGAUUCUGUGACAGAUGACGAGCUGUCCGAGUACAAGAAGACCGUGGAGCGCAAAGCUCAUGGUGACUACACUGACACUGAUUAUUCUGAAUCAGAAGCGCUCAGUUCACUCCAGACUUCUGGUCCACCGAAGAGUUCAGCACUCUCACCGCCUAGCCAGUCCGACAGCGAGCCGCAAGUGCUGAGAAUAGAGACGAAACAGGCACCGAAACCCAGUCAACCAGAAGUGGUUCUCAGUGAUGCAAACGCUGAUUUUCUGAGCAAUGAGAGAGCUCACACGAAUAAAGGCAAAUCGCCAAGGAGUGCAGGUGAGAAUGUACACAACGGUGAUCAUUCAGACGCUCACGUGAGCACAUUUUCGCACAGCAGUAAAGAAAUGCAGGACGUGUCAACUGAGGGAUCGCCGAAAAAAGACAAGAAGAAGAAGAAGGGCUUGAGGACUCCGUCUUUCUUGAAAAAGAAGAAAGACAAGAAGCGCAUCGACGGCUAAACAGUGUUUGUCUAGAAUGUGAGAGAAUGACGCAUUAUAUUAAAGUAGAGCUAUAACUAUAUAUUAUUAUAUUUUUUGACAAUUUAGUUAUGAUCUAUUCGCGAAGCGACUCUGGGUUCAAGUCUUUCUUGAUACUGUGCAAAAAGUAAAGCAUUGAUUCGAUGGGCGAGCGAAGGUGUGAAUAGAUCAUUGGAAACUUUAAAAGUUUUGAAUUUCUUUAGAAAAGAGAAAGAGAAAAGGUAAUAAAACUACGAAUGAUGAUUGAAAACACGAUAAAUCCAUGGCGAUUUAGCGAUACUCGUAAGAAUUCAAAGGUGCAUUGACAUUUAAAAGAGAUGUAAACACUUUUACGUGGAGGAAAAAAAAAGAAAA